AGCACUAUAAUCGUUUACACGCUAUACCGGCGUUUUGAGAGAGCGGUACUUGGUUGACAGGCGCAUCCGUGCACGCGCGUCGUCAGGUGCUGCAGACGCCCAGCUGUAAGAUCAAGCAGACCGGAGCCGCGCUCGCAUCCGAGAUGGCAAAAGCAGACCAGCGUUUCGGGCAGAGAGAUGGAUCCGAUCAGAACUUUGACUACAUGUUCAAGCUCCUGAUCAUUGGCAACAGCAGCGUAGGCAAGACCAGUUUUUUAUUCAGAUAUGCGGACGACUCCUUCAGCAACUCUUUUGUCAGCACGGUUGGCAUCGACUUUAAGGUGAAGACUGUUUACAGGAACGACAAAAGAGUUAAACUUCAGAUAUGGGAUACGGCCGGACAAGAGCGAUAUCGAACUAUAACUACGGCUUACUAUAGAGGAGCCAUGGGCUUUAUCCUGAUGUAUGACAUCACUAAUGAAGAGUCAUACAAUGCAGUCCAGGACUGGGCAACACAGAUCAAAACCUAUUCUUGGGAUAACGCUCAAGUGAUAUUGGUGGGAAACAAAUGUGACAUGGAUGAGGAGAGAGUGGUCCCUUUCGAGAAGGGGAAGCACCUAGCCGACCAGUUGGGCUUUGAAUACUACGAAGCGAGUGCCAAAGAGAAUAUAAACGUCAGACAAGUAUUCGAGCGUCUGGUUGACAUUAUCUGCGUGAAGAUGUCAGAGAGAGUCGAUGCGGAUCCAUCCAUGGUCACCGGCGCCAAAGCUACCCGGCUAACCGAUAAGCCGCCCCAGCUACCUCAAAAUUGUUGCUGAUUUCAAUCUUUCCUCAUAAGCCAAUCCGUGGAUGCGACGUUGUUUGGAGUUUUUCGUGUGGCAACCGAUCUGUUAGUUUGUAGCUGUCAAACACAUAAAGUAGUUCGGUGACAAUAGCACCUCUAGAGUCUGUAGAAAACUCAAAAGCAGGGACUAGAAAAAAAGCACAAGGCUAUAUGGCUAUCAGAACUUCAGUGUUCACUGCCGAAACUACGUUUAAAACACGUGGCACAAACUUUAAAGUUAUAUUUCAAUUGUGGUAUAUAUAUAUAUAUAUAAAGUAGUUUAAUGGUGGUUGAUAAUGCUUGGUUUACAGUAUAUAGUUUAAAUGUCAUUCCACUUAUAGUGACUAUCAAAAGAAACAA